UCAGGAAGAAGGCAAGGGGCACGUCAAGUCUGUCAAAAGGAAGGGGUCCAAGCUAAGCAAGAUGAUCUCACAACUCAUUGAUUUUUUGUGUGGACUCGCGAACAGCAUUCGCGACCUCAUUUUCAAUCUUCUGUUUGGGAAGAAAAAGCCUGCCAUUACCUUGAAAGAUCCCACCAUCAAGUACAACCUGAAAUUAAUUGAUAAAGAGAUCAUCAGCCAUGACACUCGAAAAUUCCGAUUCGCCCUCACCUCCCCAGAGGAAGUGUUGGGUCUACCCAUUGGGCAGCAUAUCUAUCUGUCUGCUAAGAUCGAUGGAAAUCUGGUGGUGAGGCCGUACACUCCUGUAUCAAGUGACGAUGACAAAGGCUUUGUGGACCUCGUGAUCAAGAUCUAUUACAAGAACGUGCACCCCAAGUUCCCCGAGGGAGGCAAGAUGAGCCAGUACGUGGAGAGUCUGCGCGUCGGCGAGACCAUCGACUUCAGAGGGCCGAGCGGACUACUAAUCUACCAGGGGAAAGGAGAGUUUGCCAUCAAACCUGAUAAGAAGUCACCUGCAGUCGUCAAGAAGGCCAAACAUGUGGGCAUGAUUGCAGGUGGAACUGGCAUCACACCAAUGCUACAGAUCAUUCGUGCGGUAAUGAAGGAUCCCAAGGACUCCACGAUUUGUUACCUGCUCUUUGCAAACCAGAGUGAAAAAGACAUACUCCUGCGACCUGAGCUGGAGGAGGUGCUAGCCAACUACCCAUCCCGAUUCAAGCUGUGGUACACUGUGGAUAAGGCCCCAGAAGGCUGGGAGUACAGCCAGGGCUUCAUCAGUGAGGAGAUGGUCCGGGAGCACCUGCCUGCGCCGGGCGAUGACGCGCUGGUCCUGAUGUGCGGCCCGCCCCCCAUGAUCCAGUUCGCCUGCAACCCCAACCUGGACAAGGUGGGCCACUCUGCCAGCCGCCGCUUCACCUUCUGAGGAGGGACGCACAGGGACGGGGACGGUGAUAUGGAGAUGGAGACCAGGAGAAUGCAGCUAGGCCAGGAGGUCUACAGUCAGCAGUGUGCUGAGGUGUGGUGUGGUGUGGAUGAAUGGAUUAAAUAUGGAUGGAUGAAUGGCUGGAUGGAUGGAUUAAAGAGGGAUGGAUGAAUGGAUUAAAUAUGGAUCAGGGUUCCCACUGGUGCUUGAAUUCCUUGAAAAUGCUUGAAUUUCGAUUAAGUGAUUUCAAGGUUGUGAAAAAGCUUGAAUUUUUGGUGAAGUGCUUGAAAAUGCUUGAAUCAUCAACAAUCUGAGGAAGUGAGAUGUCAGAUGGGAUUUGCCAUUCGACAUCCUAAAAUUGAUUAGAAUGCAGGAAAUUGCAUCUUAUAAACACAAGACCCUUUCCACGACCUAUUAAAGGUGCUGGAAAACUAAAAACUGGGUGCUUGAAGGUGAUUGAAAAGUGCUUGAAUUUGUUCAUGAAAAAGGUGUGGGAACCCUGAUGCAUGGAUGAAUGGAUGGAUGGAUUGAUUGAUUGGUGGAUGACUGGCUGGAUUGGUGGAUGGACAGAUAGACGGAUAGAUAGACGGAUGAAUAGGUGAAUGAAUGGAUGGAUUGAUGAUUAGCUGCGUGGAUGCAUAAAAAGCAUUAAAGAAUGGAUGGAAGACAUGGAUAGAGAUCUAAAUGAAUGAAUGAAAGAAUGGAUGGAUAAGUUGAUAGAUGGCUGCAUGAAUGGACGGAUGGCAUGGAUGAUGGAUGAAUGGAUUAAAGAUGGACGGAUGUGUAGGUGUCUGUUUGUGUGUGGUCAUGCUGCUCUGGUCUGGCUGCAAAGAGCUGCUCUUGCAAAUGGGUGAUGGGUAACAGCAUCAUGCAAUAUCACGACGCAACAUUAUUUAUGCAUCAGCAAUGUUCAUUUAUACCCGUUGGUUGUUUUUUGUUUGUUUGUUGUUACUUGGAUUAUUUAAUAACAGUGCCAAAUGCACAAAGCAUCUCCUGUGUUACAAUAUAGCUGUUAAAGAAGUAUGUAAACAAGCCAAGAGAAGGACCUUUGUAUGUCUGUAUUUGGUAUCUGUAAACAGCAUUAGGACCCAUACUUGAAGGGAGAACUAAAAAGGACUUUUUUGAUCUACUGUGGCUUUUGAAUGAAUGUCUUUACCAAUUUCGUUGUACCUGUAUAAUGACAGUAAAGUGCAGAUUGUGUUAUUCUGACUGCAUUUCCCCAUUUUUAAUUAUGACCUGCACACUGUCUAUUCGGCAAACAAGAUGUAUUAACUUAAUGGUUUUUUUUUUUUUAAGUUGUCCAUUUCUGAAAUGUCAUCAUAGUUGAUAUAUCUUGUUUGUAGAAGGGGAAGCAUGUGGAAGUUUUCCCAAAUUUGAUUGACUUCAUCUCUCUAGCACACCUAAUAUCUCCAUAGGUGUGCGAAAGCUCAAUUUAUUAAAACAAAAACAAAAAGAAAAGAAAAUCCCAAUAUAUACAUUCCUUUGUUUCAUGUGAGCAUUAAACUCAAUACAAUACACCAAUCCAACUGCCUGUUCACCACUCAGUUGCACUUAAAGAUUUUAUGGCUGAGGUGAACUACUUGGGACACAAUUAAUGCUCUUCAAUAGAAAGGGCCCACAAGCUGGUAGUGCAAUGGCUUUGUAUGACCACAAGGGGUCAGUGUUUUACAAGGUUUAUCAGGUCAACGAAACGGAAGAUAAUGCCUUUCUUUUUCUUAAAAUCAAGGAUUGUUUUUAAUGCCAAUCUUUUUUUUUUUUUUUAAGUAUAUUUCCGUUUUACACUGAGGUAAAGGGAGCACUUGCUGAAAGCUUUUGCAGCUUCAUGGCUGGCAUUAUGAUUUCUCACAUGAAAUAAUCACACAGCUUCAAUGGUAAUGUAACCACAUAUAUUUUUGUUUACAGUAUAGCCUUCAAUCAAUCAAGUAAGGGUUUGAGACACUGUGUUUCCCCCAUCUAUAUCAACGUUGGAUAGUUUUUGUUCAGAGAAUGAGUGCCUUAGCGUCUUCAAUAUUGUAUCUUUACAGUAAUACGUAAUGUUGGCUCAAACAUAGUAUGUACAUUGAAAUGCAUAAAAGCAAACACCCAUUAAAUGCAUUUUAUAUUAUGGACUUAA